UGGGGGACAGAGGGGAGGCCGACCCCCGCGCGAGGUCUUGGGGGUGGGGGCGCCUGAGACCGAAGUCUCACAAGUCCCCUCCUCGAGCCUGGCCUUACUCAGAGCCGAGGAGGGUCCUGGAGAAAGAACGCACGGUCGUUGAGAAGGGGGGUUCCGCCCCUCAGCCCCUUCGCCCACCACUGCCGCUCCCCACCCGCGUGUCUGGAGCUGGGGAAGAGGCGUCGGGUUACCUCCGCGGGGGCUAUAGUUAGCUGCAGGGACUUUAUCAGCAGGACUCCGGGGACUGCGCAGCGCCCGCCGGACUGUUGUGAGGCUGCCCCACGGAAAAGGAACCAGAACACCCAAUUGAGAAUUUAAAAGGGGGUUUUAUUGGCCUGCCGGCGACUGUUCCUCCAAAAAAAGUCUUGGAAGGAAGCAGCCCUGAAUUGAAGUUUAGAGGGACUUUUAAAAGCAAGCAGUUUCGCAGCAGCGAAUUGCGUAUGUUAUGAGUGGGGGUCUCCCUGUCUCGUGACAUCAGCACCCCGCCUGCGCCAUCCUGUCAGCGUUCCUUCCCGCUCUCGGCCUCCGCAACCUCCAGGUCAGCCCUUGGCCCCGCCCACGCCCCGCCGGGGCCCCAGUCCUGUACCAGGGACCCCUCACGCCGCAGGAGAAAGGGUCCAGGGCCUCGCCGGGUCCCAAGCCCAUCAAAGCCAGUUCUCCACCGCCGCUGGUCCCGCCCUCAUCCGGACCUCGCCCUCCUAAGUCUCCCCCAGGGAUGAUGCUGAUGGCUCUGCUGAUCGCCUUCAGCUGCCUCGGCUUCCACACCCUCUGUCAGGCCCAGGCUGUUUCCAUCUUGACCUUAGGCAUGGCUCCAGACACCUUCGAUGAUGCCUAUGUGGGCUGUUCGGAGGAGAUGGAGGAGAAGGCAGCCGUCCUGCUAAAGGAGGAGAUGGUCCACCACGACCUGCUCCGGGAAUCCUGGAAGGCAGCCCAGGAGGCCUGGGAGCACAGACGUCGCCAAAACCUCACUCUGCCCCCCGGCUUCAAAGCUCAGCAUGGAAUGGCCGUUAUGGUCUAUACCAACUCAUCCAAUACCUUGUACAGGGAGCUGAACCAGGCUGUGCAGAGGAGUGGUGUCUCCCGGGAGCACUACAUGAGGCAUUUCCCCUUCAAGGCCCUGCAUUUCUACCUGACCCGGGCCCUGCAACUGUUGCGGGGCACUGGGGUCUGCAGCAGAGGACCUGGGGCAGUGGUGUUCCGAGGUGUGAACAGCCUUCGCUUUGAACCUAGGAGGCUGGGAGACUCUGUCCGCCUGGGCCAGUUUGCCUCCAGCUCCCUGGAUAAGGGCGUGGCCCGCACAUUUGGUAAUGCCACCCUCUUCUCUCUAAGGACUUGCUUUGGGGCCCCUAUCCAGGCCCUGUCUGUCUUUCGCAAAGAGCGUGAGGUGCUGAUUCCUCCCUAUGAAGUCUUCUCGGUCACCACCUUCUCCCAGGAUGGAAUCCAGAGCCUAGUGACUCUCUGGAGCAAUAACCAGACCUGCAGCCACUUUAACUGCGCCUAUUUGGGUGGGGAGAAGAUACGGGACUGUUUAUCUAUACCACUAGAGGGGCAGCCAGAGUCACCCUCCAAGGGGGCCUUCUCUCUGCUCUCCUGGAAGACCCUGCUCUUGGUCCUUGGGGGGUUCCAGCUCUCAGGAGCUGGGCUCUGAAAGUCCAACACCUGCCACUUAGGAGUCCUGGGAACUGGUAAUCUUCAUAUGAAGAAGGGGGGCUUUGAACAGCCUCAAGAAGCAAGAACAUGGUUCCAGACGCAGCCCCAGCAGCCAUCUCCCCAACCAGGAUGUGGGGAGACCUGCAGCCAUGGCAGGGUUGAGGGAGCCUCGUGAUGUGGUGAGGACUUCCUGGGACAAGCAAGGGAAGUACUGUGAAGGCUACUUGAUUAAACAGUGUUGCAGUGUGGAGACAUGGAA